AUGAAACUCGCAGUCACAGUAUUGGCAUCGAUCCUGUUUGCUUGCUCGGUUACUACAGCCAAACCAGUCAAUCCCAGUGCAACUACAAGUGCUGAAGCUAGCACUUCAACCGUCACUCCCAGUGCACAAGUUACACCUUCAGUUGAUCUUAGUAAACUUUCAAAGGAUGAUGUGGAGUUGUUUGGAGAAUAUCUAGAAGCGGAUCAAGAAUAUGAAGAGAUAAAGAAAGCGCGUGACUCGGCCAAAUCUGAAGAGCUCAAUCAAGAAAAAUUGUCAAAGCGCCUAAGUGAAGAGAAUUACAAGCUGUUCAUAAAAUAUCUGAACAACAAGGAUGAUCCAGAGUAUCAAGAAGAGAAAGAAAAAAAAAUGCUGAAGAUUAGAGAAGGGAACGAAAAAUUCUUCAGCAUUCAAGAAGAGCGUCUGAAACUCGAUAAAGAUUUUUGUUACGCUGAUUGGUCGCUUCGUUUAGCCAGAAAAAAACUUGCAGAGCUCCUGUUCCAAAAUGAUCCGAAUGCAGCAUCACUGGAUUCUCGAAUCGAAUUUCUGAAAUCAAAUCGCAAUUUUGUUGAAGGUAUCUACCAAUCUCUUAUUCUCCAACUAAACAAACAGCCAAAAUCCGAGCAAGCCUCUACUAGUGGAACCCAGAACCAAUCACAACAUCAUAAAAGUCCAUCAUCACCAAGCGAAGCGUCUACAGUUCAACACACUCAAGCAUCAUCCAGUACACAAAGAGCUUCCAAAUCCCAUUCUCGUUCUCGUUUAUGGAAAACUUCCAAAUCCAAGAAUGAGCGCAAAUCAUUUUUGAGUCCACCCAGUUCUGAAGAUUCAGAUGAAUCACCCGUUUGA